CGAGGGCUGUAAAAGCGGGGCAGCGGGGCCGGGCAGCAGCGAGCCACAGAGCGGCCGGGACUGCGUGCGGAGCGGGUUGCACCAAGUGCCAGGAUCGCUGCACAAACGAGCAAAACGUCGUCCGAAAUGGCAGCCGAGGGGGACAAAAUGAUGGCAGGAAGGUUUGUGGGGAGCACAGAUCCCAUCAUGGAGAUGCUCAGCGCUUCCAUUACUGUUGAUCAGAGACUGUCUGAGGUGGACAUCCAGGGAAGCAUGGCUUAUGCCAAAGCCUUGGAGAAGGCUGGAAUCCUGUCCAAAACUGAGCUGGAGAAGAUCCUGAGUGGCCUGGAAAAGAUCUCUGAGGAAUGGUCCAAAGGAGUCUUUGGUGUGAUCCAAACCGAUGAGGAUAUCCACACUGCCAACGAGCGCAGGCUGAAGGAGUUGAUUGGAGACGUGGCUGGGAAGUUGCACACUGGCAGAAGCAGGAAUGAUCAGGUUGUGACUGACCUGAAGCUGUUCAUGAAGAAUUCCCUCUCCAUCAUCUCCACGCACCUCUUGCAGCUCAUUAAGACCCUGGUGGAACGUGCUGCCAUAGAAAUCGAUGUGAUCCUGCCUGGCUACACCCACCUGCAGAAAGCUCAGCCCAUCCGAUGGAGCCAGUUCUUGCUCAGCCACGCUGUUGCUCUGACCCGCAAUUCUGAGCGCCUGGGAGAGGUGAAGAGGAGGAUCAAUGUCUUGCCUUUGGGAAGUGGAGCUCUGGCUGGAAACCCCCUGGGAAUCGAUAGAGAGAUGCUGUGCAGUGAGCUGGACUUUGCUUCCAUCAGCCUGAACAGCAUGGAUGCCGUCAGCGAGAGGGACUUUGUGGUGGAAUUCCUCUCUGCUGCCACCCUGCUGAUGAUCCACCUCAGCAAGAUGGCUGAGGAUCUCAUCAUCUACAGCACCAGCGAGUUUGGCUUCCUGACUCUCUCUGAUGCCUACAGCACUGGCAGCAGCCUGAUGCCUCAGAAGAAGAAUCCCGACAGUCUGGAGCUGAUCCGCAGCAAAGCCGGGCGAGUGUUUGGACGGUUGGCUGCAAUUCUCAUGGUCCUCAAAGGACUUCCGAGCACCUACAACAAGGACCUGCAGGAGGACAAGGAGGCUGUUUUUGAUGUUGUAGACACCCUGAAUGCUGUGCUCCAGGUUGCCACUGGAGUGAUUUCCACCCUCCAGAUCAACAAGGAGAACAUGGAGAAGGCACUGAGCCCUGAGAUCCUGUCAUCUGACCUGGCUCUCUACUUGGUUCAUAAAGGAAUGCCCUUCAGACAAGCCCACAUUGCUGCUGGCAAGGCCGUCCACCUCGCUGAGACCAAAGGCAUCACCAUCAACAAUCUCAGCCUGGAGGACCUGAAGAGCAUCAGCCCCCUGUUUGGCAGCGACGUGGCGCAGGUGUUCAGCGUGGUGAGCAGCGUGGAGCAGUACACGGCCGCGGGCGGCACGGCCAAGGGCAGCGUGUCCGCCCAGAUCGAGCAGCUGCGGGAGCUGCUCAAGAGGCUCAAGGAGCAGGCUUAGAGUGUGGGGAGAGAUGCCGUGCCUGCAGCGGUGUGCCUGUGCCACUGGGCUGGAGUUAAUAAACACUGGGGUGUCUGUAGUUCACUGAAA